AUGUCAGUGGUCAGCAGUGAGGCAGAGGACUGCAGCAGCUGUGACUGUGCAGACAAAGGGACGUGUCUGCCAUGUUGUGCUUCUGAUCUCGUCUCAGCUAAGCUAAAUGUGGUGGUAGGAGACAUGUACUUCUCUGAGGAGAAGACAUUACUCGUUCAGAGCUGCGACUAUUUCCAAGCUCUGUAUCGCUCUGGGAUGAAGGAGUGUUGGCAGGAAGAAAUCCACCUGAAGUCUUUGCAUGCUCGAGGCUUCCUCAUCACCCUGGCAGUUAUACGAGGUGAGAUGCCCGUCCUGGACGCAGAUGACAUUGUUCAAGCAAUUGAAUGUGCUGCUUUUCUGCAGGUGGCAGCGCUCACAAAGCAUCUCAUUGACCUCAUUGACUCGGACAACUGUUUGCUGAUGUAUCACACUGCUGCAACCUUUGGCCUCAUGGACCUUUACUAUGCUGCUGCGCUGUUCAUCCGAGAUAUGUACACUGACCUGGAGGCGGAGGUCAGGAAAACCUUACCAUCAGAGCUGAUCUCCUAUGUGGAGUCUCUGACCCAGAGCACUUUUGUGGCUGUGGGGGCCCAUGUAACCUGCGGUGUGGGUGAAACUGUACACGCUGCCUCUAGGACGGUCUGUUACCUGGAUGAAAUUGGUAAUAAUUGGAAAGUAUUGACAGAUCUUCCUCUAGAGGCCAGCACCUCCAUGGCCGGAGUGACUGUUUUAGACAACAAACUCUACAUUGUCGGAGGAGUUCACGGAGUUCACAAACAAGUUGUGGACUCUUGUUUCUGCUACAGUGUUGAAAACAACAUCUGGAGUAGGAUCAUCAGUCCAGCACAGCUCCGCUACAAUCUCAGCCUGGUGGGUGGAGACAGUCGUCUUUAUGCUAUUGGAGGAGAGUAUGAGCGAACAGUGAUGUCAUCUGUGGAAACAUAUGAUGUAAAAACUGGGAGAUGGACGUUUGCUGCUCACCUGCCUCGACCAGCAGCGGGAGCAGCAUGCACCAAAGCCAUGAGCAGGAUAUUUGUGUGUUUAUGGAGGCCGAUGGAGACCACAGAGAUCUAUGAGUACAUCUCAGGGAAAGACAAGUGGCAGCUCAUUACUACACUAAUCAGGCACCAGAGUUACGGCCACUGCAUAGUCGGCCACAGAGACAACCUCUACGUCAUAAGAAACGGGCCAUCAGACGACUUCCUGAGAUGCCUCAUGGACUGUUACAAUCUGAGCUCAGACCAGUGGUCGUCCCUGCCCGGACACUUUGCCAACAGCAAAGGAUCACUGUUCACAGCUGUGGUGAGAGGUGACUCUGUGUUCACUCUCAACAGGACCAUGGCUCUGGAGUACACCAUCAAUGGUAAAAUCUGGAAGCCACGCCAGCAGAUGAAGGGUUUCCCCAGAAGUGGAUCUGUGUGGACGUUUCUGCUCCGGGUGCCAGACGCUCUCAUGCUGCAGUAA